AUAUUUCAUUCGCCCAAACGUUUAAACUUUUCUGUCGAUGGCUAUUUCAUUUAUGAAGGAGUCACUUUCAGACGUUGAAAAAUGUAGCUUUGUAAAUGAAAAUCAGUAUUCCGUUUAUUCUUUGAGAUUAAUGUCUACUCGUCCCACAAAGGAAUCCAAAUACCUUUGCAUUUCGCAGUCACUAUGACAUCUGUAUGUGUUGGUUCAUUUUUGAUUUCCUUCUUGUUCUUCUUCUGUUUCAAAGGUGUAUCUCCAAAAGAACGGACCGAAAAGGAUUAUAUUUUGAAGGCUUACGAAGUUAAGCUUGCAAAACUGGUUGAAAAUGCAGAUAAAAUGAAAAGCGUGGCACCACACCAUCAUGCCGCAAGUAACUUCAAAAAGAACCUUCAAGAAAAGCUAAAUAACGAUGAGACAGAUUCAAAGAAUAUUGAGCUUGUUUUUCCGGAUAACCCAUCCGCUGGUAACAAUUUCGGUCGACUGAGGAUAGAGACGAGUAAAAUUUUAAAACCGUCCAAUCAAUCACAUUCCGAUAAUAAUAUUACUUCUCCAACACUAUUGGAGAGUGAAGUCCACGGCAAUAAAUCUGAUGCUUCGGAUAAAACACCCAGUAACCAUAAAAAAGUAGUUCUCGUAGAUAUACCAACACUCGUACUCGUAGAACCGAGUGACGAGGCAUCUGAUGACAAGGUGCCAAUUGAAAAGGCAUCUGAUAACAUAGUGCCAAUUGAAAAGGAAUCUGAUGACAUAGUGCCAAUUGAAAAGGAAUCCGAUGACAAGGUGCCAAUUGAAAAGCCACAUGAUGGCAUAUUUCCAAUAGAAAAGGCAUCAAGCGAUAAAAUAUCUGAUGACAAAGCAUUAGUCAAUAAUACAACGAACAAAAAAACAACAAAGGAAAUAGGUGACAAGGAUGUCAAUAAAGAUCAAGAAUUUAAAGAUAUAAAUGUGAUUGAAAUUGAAAAAGACCAUCUAACUGAAACGAAGCAUGCACUGAUGAGGGACGUAAUAGCCUUGAGUUUGGCAACGAUAGCUUUGAUCAGUGCACUUUUAUUCAUCGGAUUCACUAUAAUUAAUUGGCGAAACGCAAUGACAGUAAUGAAAAAGGACCGAAUCAGGAAUGAAAGGAACAUUAAAAGUAUCAAAAAGGACGUCAGACGUAUUGCUACGGAGAAUAAUUGCAACAGUGAUUACCUUACAGUUAAUGCGGAGGAUUCUUGUGAUUCGUGUGGUGCAGAAAACGACAUUGAACACAAACCAUCUUUGAUAGAAAGAAUUCGUUCAUCCGAUACGGUUAAGUCUAUUUCAUCCCUAAAAAGCAUGAACCCCUUUACAAGAUGGACGCAAUCUAAAUACAGAUCUCAACAAAUGCCUAUCGAGGAAAAAAAUGAGGAAACCAGCUUUAUGGUAGAAACUCAACCCAAGCAGAAUACAGAAAUCCCGUUACUGAGAGUCGAACAACCUUCCAGUGAUGAAGAGGAACUUCUUGUUAAAGCCAAGAAAGAAAUGCUGAACCUGACUACGCGAAACAAUAUGGUACCGCGUCCUGAGACAUGUGAAUGCAUUGCUCGUAUUGUGGCAGCUGUGAUAUUUGUUACAUUAGCCUUGAUUUUCGUGAUAUCCACCGUUCACCGAUACAAAUUGGAGGAGGAGAUAGAAAAAGAGGAAGGAAAAGACAACCAGCUUCUUAGCGACAUCGCUGAACGAUUGUCAAACAUUGACAACGAUAUAGCGCUCGAUGACAAAUCAAAACUGUCGAUUCUAAGCGUUAUCAGGGAGGAACUGUCCCAAGUGCACAAAGACAUAGAUUCAGAGCUUGAAGACGAAUCUCAUAACUCUAAAUAAGAAAAUCGAAAUGAAUCAUCGAGUCUUAAAUU